AACCGAUCAAUAACUUUCAACAAAUUCAAUUAUACAAUCAAAUAUUCCAUUACGAUAGCGAAAAGGGACCUCUCGAACCACAUCGAAAGCGCCCUAUAUUAUUUUGAAAAACUUAUCCGAAGUGGUGGAUUUGACCCGAUGACGACAACGGCAGCACCUCCGGCCGAGACGGCGGGGUUGUCUCGGCCGUGUAAUCGGUGCAAGGAACAGGAAGGCACGAUAGAUCUUCGGGGCGCCGAGGUGGUAUGCAAGUCUUGCUUCGCAUACUACGUCACCACCAAAGCCGUCAAGCGGCUCGAGGUACUUCAGAGGGAAACCGCUAGUCCUAUUCCUCCCCGUGGCAGUAACGGGCCAAAGAGUCAGAGACGGACUCAACGUUAUUUAAUCGCAUUAUCGUGCGGACCUUCAUCUACAGCAUUGUUACAUGUUCUAUUUGAGAACCUCAAACAGCAGCGUGCUCGAGGACGGAAGGUUGCGCGGUUUGAAUAUGUCGCUGCGCACAUCAUUGAUGACACUUCAUCCACCCCAGAUAGUGCGGAAGAUUUAUUAUCAUCAUACCGCGCGCAAUUUCCAGACUUAAAUCUCGUAUCUAUCCCUUUGAGUUCUGCUCUUGAUCUCACGUCUAUCAACUGGGUCUCUCUCCCUUCCCCCACCACUUCCCUAGACUCCGCCCCCACUCCACCCCAACGCUUAUCUCAAAUCCUACAUCAUCUUCCCUCCACCACUUCUCGUGCUGAUGUCCGACGUUUCCUAACACGGCAUCUACUCGUCGCCGCCGCCGUAUCCCAUAACUGCGACGCCUUACUCUUAGGCCACAGCACGACAUCCUUAGCAGAGCUAACACUAUCCGAAGCCGCCAAGGGCCGUGGAUUCUCACUCCCUUUUCUCGUCAACGAUGGCUCCAUACCUCUCCCGGCCAAUCUAGACCUAUAUACAAGUCUAGGGACAAGUACAAACAGCCCAGUCAGCAACGAGUCUAAACCUACUCCCGCUACAACAUCCACAACCCUACCAAUAUACAGUCCCCUCCGAGAACUCUUCCGCAAGGAACUUAUAACUUAUCUGCGCGAUAACGCUCACCCUCUCGCAGAGCUCCUACAUCUCCUUCCGUCCACUGAUACCUCUUCCGCCACAAAUACUGCCACUACCGCUCCAGCAGUAGUAUCCCACCGCGAUCUAAGCAUCGACGAGGUACUCUUGCGCUACUUCGCCGACGUCGAGACUAAUUACCCAUCCGUCGUCGCCAACGUAGUACGCACGACAGGGAAGCUACUACGCCGACCUAACGAUACCAACUUCAAUGAUGGAGAUGGGGAGGUAGAGUCCUGCGGGCUAUGCGGAACGGCGUUAGAUGAGCUAGGAGAUGAGCGUUGGAAGGGGGAGAUCGGCGAAAGAGAGCAAGAGGAGAUGGCCGACGGCAACGAUGAUGGAGUAAAGAAGCCAAAAUCGAAAUUAUGUUAUGGGUGUGAAAGAUCAGUACACGGAUAGCAUAUAGCACUUAUCACCUAACAAUAAAAUAAACCAAAACUUGAAAAUGAAU